AUGGGUAAGCGCAGCGUGCCUCGGUACCCUGAGGACGAGGACAAGGGCGGCUGCUGCGGGUGCCUGUGCUGGUGCUGCUGCUUCCUGUUCCUGAUCGUGGUGGCGCUGGCCGGCACGGCGGCCUACUUCUUCUUCGUUUACAAGCCCAAGGCGCCGUCCUACUCGGUCAGCAACAUGUCGGUGUCGCAGUUCGACUUCAGCUCCAAGGACCUGACGCUGUACGUGAAGCUCACGGCCGCCGUGCGCGCCGAGAACCCCAACGACAUGAUCGGCAUCAAGUACGGAGAGGGGUCCCACACCGUGGUCUCCUACCGGGGCACGCCGCUGUGCUCGGGGAAGCUCCCGGCCUUCUUCCAGGGCUACAAGAACGUCACCGUCAUGGACAUCUCCAUGGAGGGACGCCACGGGUUCGGCUCCGGCCUGCAGCAGGCGCUGGAGGAGAGCGAGAAGCUCGGGGACAUCCCGCUCGACGUCUUCGUCAGCGUCCCCGUCGAGCUGCGACUCGGCACCGUCGACCUCCGGCAGGUCAAGGUCAACGUGCACUGCGCGCUCGUCCUGGACAGCAUCUCGCCCAAGAAGAAGCCCACCAUCAAGUCCGCAACCUACCAGGCCAACGUAGAGUUCUAAUUACUUAACCUCAUCCAUAUAUGCUAGCUACUCCAAUAUAUAUUUCCAGUUGAUGGGCACAUGUCACUGAUCUUGUAUGCACGUUUGUAUGUAUAGUACUGAUUGCUCGACCGCUAUUCAGUGGAGCUGGGGAGGAUUUAACCCUAUAUACAUAUGCAUAUGUGUUCGUUAAUUGUAUUGUAAGUUUUAUUUGUUAACAUUGAUUCUAGUCAAAGG